GAAGGAGAGGAUCCUCAGCUGCGCAAUCGCCGAUCAGCUUCGCCUCCGCCCAUCUCCUCCUCUAGGGUUGUGCCGCCGCCCUCCGCCGGCGCUUCCAUCUCGCGCGGCAAUGGCUUUCUGGGGUGUCGAAGUGAAACCCGGCAAGCCCUUCGUUCAUCCGUCGUCGAACGGGGCGAGAACGAGGCUCCAUAUCUCGCAGGCGACGCUGGGGAUCGGUUCCGCCACGAACAAAAGUGUAGUUCAGUGUAAUGUGGGGAACAAGAGCCCUGUUUUCCUGUGCUCUUUGUUUCCCGACCGGGCAGAAUCAUCCCAGCUGAACUUGGAAUUUGAGGAAGCUGAGGAAGUCAUCUUUUCUGUUGUGGGCCCUCGGAGCGUGCACCUCUCUGGUUUCUACCUGGGAAGCGGUCGACAUUACGCCGGAGAUGAUGAGUCAGAAUCGCACGGUGAAGACAUUGCAGGGACCGAUACAGAGAGAUCCAAUGAUGAAGAUGAGUAUGAGGAUAGUUUCAUUGAUGAUGAUGAUGAUCCAGAAGUAUUUUCACCUUCUCCUUCUCCGUCGCUAAAUGAUGCCGUACAUGAUGAUUCAGAUAGUGGAAAACCUAGGGAGAGGAAAGGCAGGCAAAGAAGACUUAGAAAGAAGCACCAUACCGUUGAAUCUGAUAAGGAAGGUAGUUUUCAACAACAUAACAUAGUUGAUGGCAAGACCAAGGCACAGGCAUCAGAAAGUGAAGCUGAAGAGGCCUUCUUUAUAUCCUCCUUUUUAAAGAAAAAGUCUGCAGUGAAAGAGUCCAAGAUAGAUGGCCCAGAAAUGUAUCCAGAGAAACAGCAAAGUGGACUCCCUGAAGUUGGCACAAAUUUGAAGAGGAAGAGAAAAGAAGAAUUUAUAGAGUGCCCUAUUGAAGUUGAUAAAGCUAAUAACCAUGAUAAGCUCAAUGAGAAUCUGGCCCGGCAAGGUCAGGUCAUCGCGGCUGCUGAUAACAGAGAAGCUGGACAAGUCAAUGGUUUGUUCCCGACAUCUCAUGAAGCUGCCAAUGAAAAUUGUUUGAAAAAGAAAAAGAAGAAACGUGGGAAAGGGGAGAAGGCCCAACAAGAAGAAGAAGACAUCGUUGAGAACAAUGUAAACCCAGUUGUCACAGAGAAUUUGGCUCCUGAAGCUCAGCAAGUUAAUGAUGGAGAAGAUUCUGAGAAGAAAGACAUAAAAAAGAAGAAAAAGAAGCAUAGAGACCAGCAUAGUGAGGUGGACAUAAUGAACGAAGAGAAUGUUUUACUGGCAGACAGAAAGGUCAAAUUGGACUCCAAGAUGAAAGAGGGGGAUGCUGAUGAUGACUGCCGAGUUAGGAAGCUGCCGAAUGGGCUAACAAUUGAGCAGCUUGACAAAGGAAAUCCUGAUGGUAAAGUUGUUGCUCCUGGUAAAAAGAUUAGUGUUCACUAUGUUGGCAAGUUUAUGGAGAAUGGGCUGGUAUUCGAUUCAAAUACCAGUGGGAAACCCUUAAAAUUCCGCCUAGGUUCUGGUGAAGUUAUGAAGGGUUGGGAUGAAGGCCUUGAUGGCAUGCGAAUUGGUGGCAAAAGAAGGCUUACUAUACCACCAUCUCUGAGCUAUGCGAAUAAAGGAAGCAAUCAUAAAGUUCCUUCGGAUUCAUGGUUGGUCUAUGACAUUGAAGUGGUUCGUGUCCGGUAGAGGAGUCCACUUUUUGUCCUGGAUAUUUGGCAAUCUGUAAUUACACACUAAUUCUUUUGCGCCAGAAUAGUAGAUGCUUGCUGGUCGUAUGAUACCCCAUUGUCACGGGAAUUUUGUGGCAAGCAUCUGCUGAUAGUUCUAUGGAAGAGCAUCGUUUUGCAAUGGCAUAGAGCACUACUGUUGAAAACAGGAUGAUGUUAUAAUGCCAUUGUGCAUUUUUGUGUACACACUGCGACGGCUUCUAUCACAUUCAAAGUUUGAAAAUACUGUAUUUUCUUACAUGCAAAUUAGAUGUUCGAGACUUGAACGUACCUAAUGAGAUUUGUACGAUGAAUUCAGUUUCUCUUUUAA